UGCACAGCUCACCUAUAGUGCCUGCCUACCGGCCCAACACUCUGCAACAUGUUCGUGUUCCUCUGUGUCGCCUUUCUCCACAGCCUUGCUUUGGGUGCUCCUGUGCUUUACCAGGGGGAAGAGCUAUCCCAAAACUCCUGCCCAAUGGGCUGGUAUGAUUUUAACGGACGCUGCUAUAAGUAUGUCGCUACACCACUGAACUGGCCUGAUGCUGAGUCCUACUGUGUGACUCAGGGAGCAAACCUGGCCUCUGUGCACAGUGAGGCAGAACACCAGUUCAUCAAAAUCCUGAUCCAGAGAUUCGACCCUGCGGAGAGAGGAACCUGGAUGGGUCUGUCUGACAUCCACGUGGAGGGGAGGUGGAUGUGGUCUGACGGGUCCAAAGUGGACUUCAUACCCUGGCAUCCAUCCCAGCCUGAUGGCGGACGGAGUCAAAACUGUGUAAUAACUAACCAUUUUGACCCAAGGUGGAAUGAUCAAGAUUGCAAUUAUAGUCACGCCUUUGUCUGCGCCGAACGUCUCUGCUAGCCAGUCAUCCGUCAAGCUGGAAGGGCUUCCGUCCCGAGAAGAAACCUGGUUUUCAAUAAGAAAUCAACACAUUUGAUUGAAAAUACUGUUUUUAUGGAUUUCUUAUGAAUUUAUGAUUGCUUUAGCUGUCUUUUCAUUGUAUCAAGAGGCCUUGUAUUAAACAAUUAUGACACGAA